AUGGCAAACGAUAAGGUGACUCUGCACCUUGAAUGUGAGGAAUUGGAAAUGGAAUUUGAGUUUUCUUUCAUGCCAUCUGAUUCUAUUUGGAAAGUAAAGGAAACAAUGGAAGAUGAGUUGGAAUUUGCAGCUGAAACAUUCUCUCUUUAUUAUGAUGAAGAAGAGUUGGAAGAUGAACGUUCACUCCGAUCUUAUAAUUUCGAAAAGGGAGAACGUUAUAAUGUCGAAUUUACAAGGGAUAAUGAACAUGAAUUCUAUAUAACAGUGCAACCUGGCCGCCGGGAAUCUAAUUACGAGCGACGACGUAUAGAAGUGGGACCAAGUUACCUAGUGGCAAGUUUAAGGAAUAAAGUUGAGAGAAUAUGGGGAGUUCCUGGUUAUGCUAUAGAUCUAUCUCACAAGAAUGUACUAAUGAGAGAUGAUUUUACACUCGCUCACUAUGAUAUUUGUAAGAAUUCUGUGGUCAAGGUGGAUGUGAAAGAAUAG